CAAUUGUUACCUUGAGAUGAUGUGUUUUUCAAUCAGGCGAAAUUUAUUUAACUAGAUACUGUAUUGGCCUACAUACUGCUUCGCAUACACCCUUAGCACGCAAGCUAAAUUCAAGCCACUUACUAAAAACUGAUCGUCAAAACCGACAGCGCCGGGUCUCUUUUGUUCAAACUAGUGGAAAUUCCUGCUUAUCAGAUGAUUGAGACAUCAAAUAUCACACACAAAACAGUUACAGAAUUUGGUUGCGUCCAGAAUGACAGUAAAAUUGACCGGUACAUAAACGAUCAUUCUUUACGUUUAUCAGACGCUCAAAAAUGGCUUUUAAAGAAAACAAAAGAUGAACCUAAAGCAUAUUACUUGAUAUCAAGUCUUGAAAUGCAACUUUUAUCUAAUAUGUGCUAUGCAAUAAAUGCCAGAAAGACAAUUGAUAUUGGAGUUUAUACUGGAUAUAGUACAUUGUCUAUCGCUGAAGUAUUACCGUCAGAUGGUUGUGUGUUAGCCUUGGAGAUAACAGAUGCUUAUCUAAAAGAUUAUUGUAUACCGGCUUGGAAAAUGGCAAAUGUUGAGUCAAAAAUCGACUUUCGACUUGGUACAGCAACUCAAACACUACAAAAUUUGAUUGAUAAUGGAGAGAGUGAAACAUUCGAUUUUGCCCUGAUCGAUGGUGAAAAAGAAAACUAUAGUAAAUAUUACGAAUUAUGUUUAAAACUAGUUCGACCUCGUGGAAUCAUCGCCAUUGAUAAUGUUAUAUGGAGGGAGCGUGUGCUCGACGAGAAUGAUAACAGCUCUGAAACUGUCGGUAUAAGAGAAAUGAAUGCAUUGAUAUCUAGAGAUAACUCUGUUCGAAUUUCUCUCUUAAGAACUGGAGAUGGAUUGACAAUUGUUGUGAAGAAUUGAUUCAUGUUAUGACUGUUUUCAGAAUGGUUACAUCCAUACAGACACACAUAUAUUUGAUUGAUUAACCGAAUUGCUUUGAUUGCUUUCGCACAUAAAUAUUUCCCAUUACUAAGCUGUCAGUUUCAAUCAUCACUGCAUAUGAUGUGAUCCACUUUUGGAUGAAAGAAGGAAUAGAUGGAAUUCUCCUGGAUAAUGCUGCAUUUUUUGUUGAAGAAGAAGAAGAAGGAACACAAACCAACGUAAGUCUACAAAUGAUAAUUCAAUGAUAAUGUUUGUCCCUUUAUAAACGGUUCUCAUUUCUUUUACUCUAUCUGUAUAUUUAGCUCGGUUCAACAUGGUUGGAAAACUGUCCUAAUUCUCAAUUAUAUAGAAAUGGAAGUGUGAAAUUUGUUGAAGGUGUAAGAGAAGAAAUGAACAAGUGGAUUAAGGAAAGUGGAAAGAAAAAUUAUUGGCUGUGAACUCUGGUGAUACAGGUUGUGGUGUGGGCGAUAAUCCAGAUCCAAUGUUAAUGUUCAGAGAUGUGGCUGAUUUAAUAAUCAGUCGCGAAUUUGUAUGGGGGAGAGGUGAAAAAGAACGUGC